AUGCAGAGUCGCACCUCAGGUGCUUCCCUCAGACGAGAGGACAUGGGAGGUCCUGAUCCGGACAGCAGUUCUCUUGGUCUCUUGGUUGGUGCUGGUCACAUUCUCCACCCCAAGUGGACGUGCGGCUCGCCCGCCAUCUCGCCGCUCAGUCCAAUCUGCGUCGUCCCGUCCAUGGCGAGCUCCAGGGCUAGGCCAGGCGAGGCCAGGCCGCAUAGACUGUCACGUCUCGUUCGGGGAGGCCUCGAGCCCACCCCGAGCUGUGAACGGCAGCUUCAAGCCCGUCCCCUUGCUUGUGGCAGCUGCACCACCACCCUCAAAACGGCUGUGAUGCCGUACCGUUCAGGCAAAUGCAGGCUGCCAAUGCCCAGUCCCAGUCCUUCUUCCGCAGACAAGGGCUCAUCUCAUCUCGCCACUAAGAGGCGGGAUCCCCUGCGUGGCGUCAAGCCUCUGCAGGGAUCCCUGCUCGCACUUCACAUCGCAUCACCGUUGCGGCCCUCCGAUUGGCAGCCCGCUGGGACCCGGGCGCUUAAUUCGACAUUCUGGAUGGCCGCUGGCCGUUGUUGUCGGCUUGGAGCUGCUCGGGCUGCUGUGUUCCGUAAUGAAAAUUGA